CGGUUGUUUUGUUCCCUUUUCGGUGGUUUGUUUAGUGGGUGGAAAACUGAGAGAAUAGCUGGUUUUCCGUGUGAAAAGUGCAUCGAAGAGGCAUGCUGACUAUCGAGCAGAUCAAGCAGCAAUAUCCAUUGCACUUGAUGGUGUGGAAUGAUGAGCCAGAACAGCUCCGGGAGGCCCUAAAUCAGGAGAAUAAGUUCGAUGUGGAGAAGAGGGAUCCACGCGGGAGGACACCCGUGAUGCUGGCUGUGCGUCUGUGUCACUUGGAGUGCGUGAAAAUCCUCGUGACGCGGGCGAAGACAAACAUCGAGAGCGACGGCUGGUCGCUGGUGCAGGAGGCAGUCUGCACGGGCAAUCCGGACAUCCUGAGAGCCGUGAUGGAGGUGAGGGACCUCCAGAGACACCUGCAGCGGACAACGCACGUGCCCCUGCUGCUGCAGCGUCUGCACGAUGCGCCCGAUUUCUACGUGGAGAUGAAGUGGGAGUUCACCACUUGGGUGCCUUUAAUGUCGCGCCUCUGUCCCAGUGACACGUACCGGGUGUACAAGAGGGGCUCCAAUGUGCGCAUCGACACGACUCUGCUGGGCUUCGAUCACGCGUCGUGGCAGCGCGGGCGGCGCAGUUACAUCUUCAAGGGUCAGAUGGACACUGCCGUGAUGAUUGAGGUGAAUCACGAUACGCGCGAGGCCACAGUGGACACGAUGCAGGAGAUCCAGGAGCCCAUCGAGAGCAUAACGACGCCGCCGGAGCUGCUCUACUAUCGCCUCACGGCGCCCGUGACGUCCAACACGGUGGACAUGGACAAGAUCAGCUUCGAGCGCAACAAGUCGGGCAUCUGGGGCUGGCGCAGCGAGAAGAAUGAGCCCGUGAAUGGCUACGAGUGCAAAGUGUAUUCCGCCACGAAUGUGGAGUUCAUCACGCGGACGCGCACGGAACAUCUGGCCGAGCUGCCGGCCAAGACGAAGAAGCCCGGCGGCAUGCCGCUGCAGAGUCUGUUUGGGGUGUCCGAGGAGGGCGCCGAGAGGGGUUUGGAGCAGAUCACGAUCGAUGAGAAUGGCAUGAAUGUGCCGCCAAUUCCGCCGCCGCCGGAAUUCACGCCGGAUUUCGUGUCGCCGGAGGAAUACUUCUCGGACAUGGAUUUGGGCGAGAAGGACGUGGGCAGACCAAAGAGGCAGACCAAGAAGGUGCAGAAUUUCAAGGCGAACUUGUGGCUGAGCGAGGAUUUUCCCAUCAAACUGCAGGAGCAGGUGAUUCCCAUUCUGGAUCUCAUGUCCAGCAUCAUGAGUCCGCACGUGAGCAAGCUCAAGGACUUCAUCACCAUGCAACUUCCGGCGGGCUUUCCGGUUAAAGUUGAAAUUCCACUCUUUCACGUUAUCAAUGCGUGCGUGACGUUUGGAAAUGUGUUUGCACUUGAGACUCCUGUGCCAAAUGUGACUCACAUUGAGGAAGGCGAUCGUCUGACGUGCGUUGUGGAUGAUCGGUGCUUCCACAUUCCGCCGGAUUAUGAGAAACACGGUGGAGAAUAUCUGAGAUCGCGAGGCCAGGAUGAGGAUGAUCUGCUACAGUAUGCCAUCCAGCAGAGUCUCAUCGAUGCGGGCAGUGAAAACGACCAGGUGGACAUUUGGGAGGCUCUCAGGGCGCAAAGGCCACUGACGCCGGGAGCGCUGAGUGAUGAAGACAGUCAGUUGCAGAGAGCUCUGCACGAAUCUCUCAACGUGCGACAUUCCAGUGAUACACCCGAGGGCGCUUCCACGCCAUCCUCGCCCUCCAUUGACGCCGAUCUGGCCAUGGCGCUGCGCCUGAGUCAGGAGGAGCAGAAUGUCAGGGAGCAGGAGUUGCGGCGCGAGCAGGAGAUGCUCGAGGAGGCGCUGAAGCUGAGCAUGGAGGAUAAGUGA